AUGCGUCAAUUGCAUUCUCGCGUUGGUCCUUGCAGCUUUCCGUUUUUUCCUGGGUCUCGAAAAAUAGCUUAUGCCAGGAUUGAUGGAGACAUGAUUGUUUGUUCAGCGUACAGUUCCGAGCUUCCGCGGUAUGGUGUCAAAGUUGGUCUGAAAAACUACGCUGCGUCCUAUUGCACGGGUCUCCUGAUCGCCCGUCGACUGCUGAAAAAACUUGGAAUUGAUGGUAUCUACGCUGGGCAAACGGAGGUUGACGGAGACGAGUACAAUGUUGAAGAAGUUAUGAAUGGUCCUGGUCCUUUCCGCUGUCACUUGGACGUUGGUUUAACGAGAACCACGACCGGCGCCAAAGUGUUCGGUGUUCUGAAAGGAGCUGUCGAUGGAGGACUUCUGAUUCCCCACAGCAUGAUCCGAUUUCCUGGCUAUGAUAAAGAGUCUAUGGAGUUUCAUGCUGAAAAACACCGCGACCACAUAUUCGGGCGAAAUGUGGCCAAUUAUAUGCGCUUAUUGCUCACUUCCGACGAGGACGCGUAUAAGCGCCAGUUUUCGCAGUUCAUCAAGAAGGGCAUCACUGCUGAUGACUAUUAUUUUUUGAAUCCUUCGGUUCACUAUGCUUUGGCUAUUUUCAAAUCGAUAGAAGCCGUGUUCGCGCCGUUUUCGUCAGGUUUGACAAUGGAGGGGAUGUACAAGAAUGCUCAUAAUCUGAUCCGAGAGAACCCGAGUCACAUGAAAUCUGACAAGAAAUUUACUGGCCAGCAAAAGCGAUUCAACCGCAAGAAGCUCACUAGGCAAGAACGCCAGGCACGAGUUGUUGUCAAGAAAGCUCACUUCUUGAAACUACUCGCCAAUGGAGAAGUGAAGACCCUUCAGGAUAUAAAAGCUUAAUAAUUGUAUCCUCUCUGGUUCUUCUUGAAAGCGCGCACAAUAGAAGGAAAACUAAGAUCGGAAUUUGAUUUGCUG